GAGAGGCCUCACGCAACGUCUGGAGCUCCCAAGGGAGGAUUUAUGGGGUCUGAACACAACAGCUACAGGAGAAGCCGGGGCCCUUGCAGAGGGGGACAAUCCAGACCUCCUGUGCCUCAAGUAAAGGACAAAUUAGGGAGCCUGGAGAACAGCAGAGAAUCUGAUACCAGCCUCUUCAGACAGACGGAUCAUAAAACUUGAGGACCUCCAUUAUCCCCUUCUGCUGUCCAUCCCUGAGCAUUGCCUUAUCUCCUCACCCUGCCUCCAGCCCAGCUUCUCUCCCAGGCUGAAAACUGGGCACCCAGCACAUGGAUGAGCCAGCUGACUGAGCCCCAUCCAUUCCACUCCUCCUGCUGAGGCAUCCUCAGAGCAGCGGGCAUCCUGAGCUCCUGCUCAGCAUGGAGGGCCUGGGGAUGGAGAGGAAGCUCUUCGCUCAGAGAACCAGGCAGCUGAUAAAUAUUUAAUUCUCCUCUUUGCUUUUAUCUCCUGACCCACUGAGACAAAUCAGCUCAUUAGGCAGUGAUUCCCGGAGCUCAGAGCGCAGGGAGAGUGCCUGGAAAGAUGGGGCAAGGAUGGGCAGCAGCAGCUCCGUGCCUUCUCUCAAAUAUCCUGCAAGAAGACCUCCUUAUGAGAGCAACUAGAUGGCUUAGAAGGAGUCCCUGAUAGGUCUGGAGGGUAGAGCACUCCAGAGUCGAAAGGGGAGUGUUGGAGUCUUCUCCCAUCUCUUGCUGCCAAGUCCAGGAUAGAUGAGUUCUAGGGCUCAGAAGAGGCAGCUGUCAGUCCUUUCCUGGGACUGGGCUCCUGCUGGGGCCCAAUUCCCCAUUGAUUGGGCCUCUGGGGCUAAUUACAUUGCAGCUAGAGCAGAUGAUUUUCAAGGCUGUGGUGAAUACCUCUUUCUGACAGUUGAAGGGACAGCUGGCACGGCCCAGGGUGCCAAGGGUUCAGCUGGCUCCUAUACCAGCCGCCCAUCUCUGGACUCAGACGUAUCCCUGGAGGAGGACCGGGAGAGUGCCCGGCGUGAAGUGGAGAGCCAGGCUCAGCAGCAGCUUGAAAGGGCCAAGCACAAACCUGUGGCGUUUGCUGUGAGGACCAAUGUCAGCUACUGUGGUGUGCUGGAUGAGGAAUGCCCAGUCCAGGGCUCUGGAGUCAACUUUGAGGCCAAAGAUUUCCUGCACAUUAAAGAGAAGUACAGCAAUGACUGGUGGAUCGGGCGGCUAGUGAAAGAGGGUGGGGACAUCGCCUUCAUCCCCAGCCCCCAGCGCCUCGAGAGCAUCCGGCUCAAGCAGGAGCAGAAGGCCAGGAGAUCUGGGAACCCAUCCAGCCUGAGUGACAUUGGCAACCGACGCUCCCCUCCUCCAUCUCUAGCCAAGCAGAAGCAAAAGCAGGCAGAACAUAUUCCCCCGUAUGAUGUGGUGCCCUCCAUGCGGCCUGUGGUGCUGGUGGGACCCUCUCUGAAAGGUUAUGAGGUCACAGACAUGAUGCAGAAGGCUCUCUUCGACUUCCUCAAACAUAGGUUUGAUGGCAGGAUCUCCAUCACCCGAGUCACAGCGGACCUCUCACUGGCAAAGCGAUCUGUGCUCAACAAUCCUGGCAAAAGGACCAUCAUUGAGCGUUCCUCUGCCCGCUCCAGCAUUGCUGAAGUGCAGAGUGAGAUCGAGCGCAUAUUCGAGCUGGCCAAGUCCCUGCAGCUAGUAGUGUUGGAUGCUGACACCAUCAACCACCCAGCACAGCUGGCCAAGACCUCACUGGCCCCCAUCAUCGUCUUUGUCAAAGUAUCCUCACCGAAGGUACUCCAGCGUCUCAUCCGCUCCCGGGGGAAGUCACAGAUGAAGCACCUGACUGUACAGAUGAUGGCAUAUGAUAAGCUGGUUCAGUGCCCACCAGAGUCAUUUGAUGUGAUUCUGGAUGAGAACCAGCUGGAGGAUGCCUGUGAGCACCUGGCUGAAUACCUGGAGGUUUACUGGAGGGCCACCCACCACCCAGCCCCCGGCCCUGGACUUCUGGGCCCUCCCAGUGCCAUACCUGGACUUCAGAACCAGCAGCUGCUAGGGGAGCGUGGCGAGGAGCACUCGCCCCUCGAGCGGGACAGCUUGAUGCCCUCAGAUGAGGCUAGCGAGAGCUCCCGCCAAGCCUGGACGGGAUCUUCGCAGCGCAGCUCCCGCCACCUGGAGGAGGACUAUGCAGAUGCCUAUCAGGACCUGUACCAGCCUCACCGCCAACACACCUCGGGGCUGCCUAGUGCUAACGGGCACGACCCCCAAGACCGGCUCCUGGCGCAGGACUCGGAGCACGGCCACAGUGACCGGAACUGGCAGCGCAACCGGCCCUGGCCCAAGGAUAGCUACUGACAGCCUCCUGCUGCGCGACCCUGGCAGGCACAGGCACAGCUGGCUGGGGCACCCGCUCCAGGCAGGCUGGAGUUAGACUGGCAUUAGGCUGGCACUAGGCUCAGCCCCCAAAACCCCUGCCCAGCCCCAGCUCCAGGGCUGCCUGCAGUCCCGAGGUUCUGGGAGAAGCACGGGGCCCCCUCACCUCCUGGGCACAGUGACCCCCCUAGGCUCCCAUUCCAGGUACUAGCUGUGUGUGCUGCACCCCUGGCACCUUCCUCUCCUCCUGCACAAGAAGCUGCCCCACUGGGCAGUGCCCUCAGGCCAGGAUCCCCUUAGCAGGGGCCUUCCCACCAGACUCAGGGAAGGGAUGCCCCCUCAAAGUGACAAGAAGGUGGGGUGUGGGCAGCGUGACAUGAGGAAGAAACAAGGUUCCUGAGCAGCUACAGUCCUAAUCCAGGGGACUCAGGGGUUGUGCUUUGGGGUCUGAGAGCCUCCACUCGCCUCACUGCCACACAUUAGAAAUGAGACAAUCAAAGCCCAACAGGGUGGCACUCCCAUCCAUCAGCUGGGGUGGGGCAUCCACACACGAGGCUGGAGCACAGGCAGGCUGGGCUAGGGCCAAAGGCCUCACAGCUGAAGCCCUUGAAGGGAAGGGCUCUCCUCACCUGCCAGGAAGCUUCCUAACAUCUCAAAGGACCGGGUACCAGGAACAUGGUCAGGCCAAAUGGCAGACGGGAGCCAACCUGGAUUGGGGCUUUGGGAAGGGAGGGCGUGUUGUGUAGCGGAGAACGUAUGGACAGCUUCAGGGGCCUCCUUGCCCCACUCAUUCUUUUGCUCUUGCAUCCUGUCAUCUCUGUUCUUGGCCUUCAUGCCUCCUGGGGGAUAUGGGCCUCAGACUUUAUUCCCUGAUUCAUAGCAGCUGCUUGUUAAGUUAGGGUUAGAGGGGGAGAGACAGGACCCAGUGGACAGCCCCCAGAGGCCCUAUGUACCCACCUUACGGCUCUAGUGUGCGACCUACAGAGCAUGCUCCACAGGACCCUGCCCCACCUCACCAUCAUCACUAAUAAACACCAUGCACCGUC